CCCAUACCAACGCUUCAUAAGCCUCUCCCCACGUCCGUCUCUCAGCUCUCCUCACCCCUACCUGCAGCCAUUUCCCGCCGGGGGCGCCACCUCUUCCGACCUCCGGUGCCAUGCAACAAACUGCGACCAACCCCUCGGAGGACCUCCGAAGCCCCAGCUCUAGCUCCUCCACGACCACCACAGCGGUCGACACCGUGAACCGCAGCACGAGCUCCGGGUCGGAAACCACCACCUGGACUGCCGCCUCGGCCGCCUCAGGAACUAGCGUGUCCUCGUCAACCAAUCCCCGCGUGCGGUGCACCGACCCUCGGAGGGAGGUGAUCCGCCAGGCGAAGUCCUACAAACCCACGCUGGGGCUUGGGGACCUCCGGUUCAUUUACCGGCUCGGGAGUGGGGACAUCGGGAGCGUAUACUUGGUGGAGCUGAAGGGCUUCGGCGGAGCCAACUUCGCGGCCAAGGUGAUGGACAAGAAGGAGCUGGCAGCGAGGAGCAAAGAGGGGAGGGCUAAGAUUGAGAAGGGGAUUCUGGAGAUGCUUGAUCACCCGUUUCUCCCCACUCUCUACGCUACGUUGGAAUGUCCCAGGUGGUUUUGUUUGUUGACUGAGUUUUGUCCCGGUGGGGACCUCCAUGUCCUCCGGCAACGACAGCCCGAGCGUCGGUUCCAUGAAACGGCCGUCCGAUUUUAUGCAUCGGAGGUGAUAGUGGCUUUAGAAUACCUACACAUGAUGGGAGUAAUAUACCGUGAUCUGAAACCGGAGAACGUCCUCGUCCGAACUGACGGUCACAUCAUGCUCACCGACUUCGAUUUAUCCCUUAAGAGCGACAACCCUGCCUCGACCAUGGCUCAGAUCGUCUCAGACCAAGCCCCCCCAAACUCUGACCAGUCCACCGAUGCCACAGCGGCUGAUCCUCCGCCCUUUGGGACCUCCUCCUGCAUCCUCCCCAACUGCAUUGUCCCUGCCGUCCCCUGCUUCCGCCCGAAGCGCCGCCGCCGGAAGAAGCCCAGCCACAGGCGGUCGAUAGCCUCACUCGAGAUUGUUGCGGAGCCAGUCGACGUCCGUUCCAUGUCAUUCGUCGGGACACACGAGUACCUCGCGCCCGAGAUCGUUUCUGGUGAGGGCCAUGGCAGCGCAGUCGACUGGUGGACCCUGGGGAUAUUCAUGUUCGAGAUGUUCUACGGGAAGACACCGUUCAAGGGGGUCGACAACGAGCUCACGCUGGCGAACAUCGUGGCCCGGGCGUUGGAGUUCCCCAAGGAUCCGGCGGUUCCCGGGGCCGCGAAGGACUUGAUCGGACGGCUCCUAACAAAGGACCCCUCCAAGAGGAUGGGGUCCACGAUGGGCGCGACCGCAGUGAAGCACCAUCCCUUCUUUGACGGCGUCAACUGGGCUUUGUUAAGGUGUACGAAGCCUCCGUAUACUCCUCGGCCGGUCAAUUACAAGGACUUGGUCCGGGCAGACAGUAGUGCCGACAACUCAGUGGAGUUUUACUAGAAAACAUUGGAAACCGGAGAAAGACCUCAAAAAAAAAAAGAAAAAAAAAAGGAGAGUUCCAAUUAUUCGGGUUCAUAAGAAAUGGACGUCGCUUGAAAUCUUUUGCA